ACAAUGAAUGUGCUGAGGACACAUGUUUACAAUGAUAGGGGGAGAGAGGGGGAAGAAUGGAGCUGCUGCACAGGACCACUGCACACUAUGGUGCCUCUAUUAAACAGCCUGACAGUCAAGGGAGCUAAUGCAAGUCACUGCAGAAGGACACCAGAGUGGCUGGGUGUCAUGUGAUACACAUGCAGUACAAUCAUUCAAUGAGUGAUCACAAAGGCUGAUAGCGUUUGUUUUUGACGUCACUGUUCUGUUCUAAGUACAACACACUCCCUGUUCCCUGCUAUCUCAAACAAGAAGGAGGUGACACAGCAACGACAUUGGUCAUUUCUCAGGGAUGACCAGUUCUCAGCUGCUGGACACUUCAUCCACAGAGUCUGUGUUUGGUGCUCAGGCUCCCCCCAGGAUGGCAUCCACAGUGUCUGCGGUCCCGCAUGGAGUCUUUGGCCUCUCGCCGCCCCCUCAUGCGGUUUGGCCUCCUCUGGACUUCGCCCUGGGUGCUCUGGCCUGCUGCGCGGCGUGUGUGUUCACCAAUCCCCUGGAGGUUGUAAAGACCCGUCUGCAGCUCCAGGGAGAGCUGUGCGCUCGUGGAUCCUACCAGAGGCACUACAGGGGAGCCCUCCAGGCCCUGUGGGUGGUGGGCCGCACAGACGGGCUCCGGGGUCUGCAGAAGGGGCUCUCGGUCGGCCUGAUCUACCAGGGUGUGAUGAAUGGUGUACGGCUGGGCUCCUAUUCCUACUGUGAAGCUUUGGGUAUAACCUCACUCCACGGGGGCAGUCUUCUCUCAGGGGCAGGGGCUGGGGCACUGGGCGCCUUCAUUGCCUCUCCCGCCUACCUGGUGAAGACUCAUCUCCAAGCUCAAACUGUGCAAGCCAUAGCAGUCGGUCACCAGCAUAACCAUCUGGGAGUGUCCGAUGCCUUUGUCUCCAUCUAUAGAAGAGAAGGUCUGAUUGGUCUCUGGAGGGGUGUGAACGGGGCCGUGCCCCGAGUCAUGGUGGGAUCAGCUGCUCAGCUGGCGACCUUCACCUCGGCCAAGGACUGGGUGUCACAUUCCCAGUGGCUCAGUCCAAACAGGUGGCUCACGACACUGAUCGCUGCCAUGAUCAGCGGCGUCGCCGUGGCCGUCAGCAUGACGCCAUUUGACGUCAUUAGCACGAGGCUCUACAACCAGCCCGUGGAUGAGUUUCGUCGGGGACGUCUGUACCACGGGUUUUCAGACUGUAUGCUGAAGGUGUGCCAAGCUGAAGGUCUGCUGGGGUUGUACAAGGGCAUGGGCCCCGUCUUCCUGCGUUUGGCCCCACACACAGUGCUCAGCAUGAUGUUCUGGGACCUGAUGAGGCAUCAUGGAGUCGACCAGAGCCAGGGGAGCAGCUAAAACUCCCCAAAUGCUACGGCUGGACUCAGUUAGAGCCGUCGGAGUGGUCCAUCAGUGAAUAAAAGACAAAUGACAUUUCUACGAUUAGUGAUAGCAAUGUCAUGUCUGUACAGCAGUCAGAGCCAGGGUAGAUGAGUCGUAUUGUUUCCAGUCUUUAUGCUGUACUUUUAUAUGAACUGUGCACGGUGACUGUCGCCUCACAGCAAGAAGGUUCCCGGUUCUUCCUGUGUUGCGUGUUCUCGCCGAGCCUGCAUCGGUUUUCUCACGGUACUCCCGUUUCCUGCCACAGUUGAAAGACAUUUCAGAUCGUGGUUAGAAUAAUUAACCGUGAGCAUGAACGAUUGUUCGUCUCUAUAUGUUUGCACUGCGAUAAUGACAACCUCUCCAGUGUCUCUCGCCUCCCGCCCAAUGUCAGCUGAGAUUGGCUCCAGCUCCCAUCGUGAACCUCAAAGGAUAAUAGGGAUAGAUAAUAGAUAAUGGUUGGAUGGAGACACGAGUGCUGUAUCAAUGUUCUCCGUCAGAACGUGAAUAAGCACAUUUCCCAAAAUGUCAAGUAAUUCCUCUCAGAGAGCAAUUCUCUCCCAGGAUGUAAGGAUGUCGGAUUGACAUACAAAUACAGAAGACGGACAAAUGUUGCACUCCAAUACAUAUGAAUGAAGCUGUCGACAAACUAUCAGGUUUUUGCCUUAAAAUGCCUCAAAUGCAAAAAGCGAUUUCUCAUGUCUCAAGCAAUUUAAAGAAGCACAAGAACAAAUCUGGAUUAUUAAAAAAGUGUCUAUUCCAUGUAUAUAAUCCAGUGUGGCUGCUGUAACGUGUUGUGGUUUAAUACAUACCUCUUGUUGCCUUUGUUGUAUAGAAAAUAACUUGAUGGGAAUAUCUUGUAUCUACUGUCACCAAGAAUGCCAUUGGAUUUUUGAGGUUUUUAUUUAAAACAAGGGAACUUGAAUCCUUUGAACAACUGUUUAUAAAAAUGAGAAUAAUAUUAAUAAAAACAUUUUCUUGUAUGAAA